AUUAGGAAUGAACCAAAAAGAAUUAGGGCGAUGUGUGCUGACGAAGAAUGUCCAUGGUUAAUCUAUACCUCAUACAAUUCUAGAGAUUGUUGCUAUCAGAUCAAAACCUUUGUAGAUAAUCAUACAUGUGGGAGAGAUUUUGUUUCUAAUUUGGCCGACUACAAGUGGGUUGCAAGCAAGUUGGUUAAGGUGUUAGAAACUCGGCCGGACUUGACACCAAAAGAGGCUAAGGUGCACAUGGUUGACGAGUAUAAUGUGCAACUGCAUUACAAGAUGGUCGCAAGAGGCUUGAAGGCUGCAAGGGAACAAGUAAUUGGAAAGGAAGGAGAACAAUACGGUAUACUACAAGACUACUUGAGUGAGCUGUUAAAGAGCAACCCAGGUUCCACUGCAAUGAUGUGGACAAUACCUCAACCAGAGGGUCUGCCACUAUUUGAUAGGCUUUACAUCUCGCUUGAGGCUUGUAUGUUUGGGUUCAAGGUUGGCUGCAGGCGGUUGAUUGGCCUUGACGGAUGCUUUCUGAAAGGAUAUUAUGGUGGACAGCUCCUAUCCGCAAUAGCACAAGACGGAAACAAUCAUUUCUUUGUGAUAUCUUAUGCAAUGUGUGGCAGCUCACAGGGCUUCCAUGCAAGCAUGCAGUUGCUGCAAUUUUUAGAUUGAAAAAUAUGGGAUACAAAUUAGAGGACUUUGUCGAUAAGUCACUGACAAUGGA